ACAUGCUCCUUAUCUUGCGUCUAUUUUGUAUUCCAAUUAGUCGGCGAGUUACCCAGUUCAACAGGGCUUCAAAAUCUCAAGCUCAGACCGGACAAUACCCUACAGUCAUGAAUGCCUCUCACGCCUUCCUAAAAGCGCCCCUUCCGUAACGAUGCCUUGUUCCGAGCUCUGGCCUGCAAGGCGAAGCCUCGCAUGGCGUCUUGGUUCAGCUGGCGUCAUGGGCUUGACUGGGACCAUAUCAAGGGCGCUUUUGUACGGUCUGAACACUGUCCAGACGCAGAAUCUUGUUUCUUUCCUGAAGCUUCUGGAUCAGAGGAGAUCUGGUGGGAGCCGGCAGGGUCUUCUGACAGUUUCCAAUCACAUUAGCGUCCUGGAUGAUCCGCUGAUGUGGGGUGUGUUGCCUUUAAAGUAUGCGUUUGACCCUGCCAACCUCAGAUGGGGCCUUGGAGCCCAUGACAUAUGCUUCAAGAAGAAAUUCACGUCUUCGUUCUUCACGCUUGGUCAAGUUUUGCCCACCUAUCGACUGUUCCACUCACCUCAUGGUGGUCUCUUCCAGCCAACAAUGGCUGAAAGCAUUCGCUUGCUCUCCGGAGAGGAACCAAGCCCGCCCUCUGAACCUAAUGGACUCACGUUUGCAACCGACGCCGGCGAUGUAUACCCAUCCCCAUCGGGUUUCCGUCUGCGUAAUGCUUGGAUUCAUGUCUUCCCAGAAGCCUGCGUGCACCAGCACCCCAUGUUGGUCCUCCGAUAUUUCAAGUGGGGCGUAUCUCGCCUUAUACUUGAGUCGAACCCGGCGCCGCUGUUAGUGCCCAUGUUUAUCGAUGGGAUCCAGCAUAUCAUGCAUGAACAUAGGCGGUCGCCGCGCUGGCUACCUCGGAUCGGGCAGAAAGUCCACGUAGUUUUCGGCGACGCCCUCGAUACUGGCCACGUCUUUGGUCGACAGCGGGCAAUUUGGAGGCGUUUGAUAGAAGAGCAAGCGGGCCAAGCCAGGCCUCUCGUCGAUCAUAGCUAUCCCGAGCAGCUCAAGUACGGCAGUGAGGCGAUACAGCUUAGAAUCGAAGUAGCAGAGACUGUGAGGAGUGCUGUAGCCGGUCUCAGGGGUGCAUCCGGUUAUCCGCCUGACGACCCUACAUUUGCAUUGGCCAGAACCUGGCAGAGGGAGCCUCCUCAACGUCGCUUCAAGAGCCCAGUUGACGGGAGCAUCGUGCACAAAGAGUAAUCAAAGUCUGGAAUGAGGGUGACCAAGCUGUAAACGUCGCUGGCGCGCCAUGCAAUUACUUCCUACUGCAGCAAAUGGCCUAAUACUAAUCCUGCAAGGCAAGCCGCUUGUCAUUUCUUUUUUUCUUCCCGCUAGAAUUUGGGCUCUGUAGCUGUACCGCCAAUGUUGAUGAUACUCAGCUGUGGGCGAACUGACUAAACGACGAAUUGGCAAGCCUAUU